AUGGCAGUGCUUUCUCCUAAAACGUCUGACCAAGUGACCUAUGCAACACUUAUGUUUCAAGAUUCUACUGGAGCAAGACAUAACCAGAAUGGAGAAAACCUAAGAAAAAGAGGACACCCAGUUGCAUCCCCUAUAUGGCGAACAGUUGCCGUGAGCCUGCUGACCCUCUGCCUGAUACUGCUGAUGGGGCUGGUAACCUUGGGGAUUAUGUUUUUGCAGAUGUAUAAUGACAUUAAUUCAGAUUCAGAGAACUUGAAUCAACUUCAGAAAGUUAUCCACCAGCGGCAGGAUAAUCUGUCCCAGCAACUGAAAAACUCCAAGAAGAUUUCCACUGAUGAUGAUCUCCAAUCCCAGAUAUCCAAACUCCUACAGAAGCAGGGCCAGAUGGCUACCAAACUCUGCAAGGAGCUCCUCAUCCACACUUCAGACCAUAAGUGCAAUCCUUGUCCCAAGUCAUGGCAAUGGCAUGAAAAUAGUUGCUAUUAUUUCACGAUCAAUGAAGAGAAAACGUGGAGAGACAGUAGAAAGGAUUGUGCAGACAGGAAUGCCACCAUGGUGAAGAUUGACAGCAUUCGAGAAAAGGAUUUCCUCCAAUCACAGCUUUUACCCACAUUUUCUUUCUUUUGGCUGGGAUUAUCUUGGAACCAAUCUGACAGAAAUUGGUUGUGGGAAGAUGGUUCAGUUCUCUCUCCAUCCUUACUUAGUAAUAAGGAACGUGACCAGAUGACUGGAUCAGCAGGAUGUGCUGAUUUUGAAAGAGGGAAUAUUUACAUUUCUCACUGCAGUGCUGAAAUUUCUUGGAUUUGUGAGAAGACAGCUUCCCUAGUGAAGACUGAAGACUUGGACUAA